UACAUCAGCCGGCCCACUCAUUACCAUGUUUUAUAUCCCCCUGAGCUCAGAAAGCAUCAUGGCAAAGCGGCUCCAUCCUCCCCUCCAACAGGGAAGUGAGUGAAGCAGCCUCGCGGAGCAGGUGUCGCGCGGACAGAAACUCCCCCUCCUUCCGACAGCUCCGGACUCCUGGAACUUUAUUUAUUUAUUUAAAAGUUUUUUUUUCCCCCUCUCUCUCUUCACCCGUCGUUUAAUUGCCCUCCAUCCUUUCUCGCGGUGCUUAUGUCGCGUUUUUAAUGUUCUCCAAAAUGGUCUCGAAGCUGACGUCCCUGCAGCAGGAGCUCCUCAGCGCCCUGCUGGACUCAGGCGUCACCAAAGACGUUCUGAUCCAGGCCCUGGACGACAUGGACCCCAGUCCGCCGCCGCAGGGCUUCGGGGUGAAAAUGGAGAGCUUGCCCGUGUCUCCCGGAAAGUUGAACGGCGCCGACGCGGACUCCAAGCCCGUCUUCCACACUCUCACCAACGGACACGGCAAGGGCAAGCUGUCCGGGGACGAGGGCUCCGAGGACGGGGACGACUACGACACCCCGCCGAUCCUGAAGGAGCUCCAGUCGCUCAACACGGAGGAGGCCGCGGAGCAGCGGGCAGAGGUGGACCGCAUGUUGGCCGAGGACCCAUGGCGGGCGGCUCGUAUGAUCAAAGGUUACAUGCAGCAGCACAACAUUCCCCAGCGGGAGGUGGUGGACAUCACGGGGCUCAAUCAGUCUCACCUCUCCCAGCACCUCAACAAAGGGACGCCCAUGAAGACGCAGAAGCGAGCGGCCCUCUACACCUGGUACGUCAGGAAGCAGCGGGAAAUUCUUCGACAGUUCAACCAGGCCACUCAAGCUUCUAUCGGCAGCAUGUCAGACAAAGGCAGCCAGGAUCCGGCCUUUUUCUACCCGGAGUUCAACAUGUCCGGCCCGGGCAUGGGUCAGUCGAGYGAAGAGGUCGGCACUGAGCCCCUAAGUAAGAAAAUGAGGCGUAACCGUUUCAAAUGGGGUCCUGCAUCUCAGCAAAUCCUGUAUCAGGCCUAUGAGCGGCAGAAGAACCCCAGCAAAGAGGAGAGGGAGGCUCUGGUGGAGGAGUGCAACAGAGCCGAGUGUCUUCAGAGAGGCGUCUCCCCUUCCAAAGCUCAGGGACUCGGCUCUAACCUGGUCACCGAAGUGAGAGUUUAUAACUGGUUUGCCAACAGACGUAAGGAGGAAGCCUUCAGGCAAAAGCUGGCUAUGGACGCCAUCACUGCUCCGUCGCACGGCAUCAACCCACUGCUGUCGCACAGCUCGCCGCAUCAUCCCCAGACCAGCGUGUCUCCUCCAAUGCGUUACAGCCAAGGCCCCGGCGAAGUCUCCUCCUCCACCGCCAUCAGUCACCACAGCAGCAGCAGCCAGUCGGUGCUGCAGCAGGUGUCCCCGGGAGGAUUGGACCACAGCCACAGUCUGCUGUCACCCGACGCCAAGAUGCAAGAGCCCCCGCAGUACUCUCACCCAUCCCGUUUCCCCUCAUCCAUGGUCACAGAUGCCAACAGCAUCAGCACCCUCAGCUCCAUGUCCUCCAGCAAGACGGACGCUCCUGUAAACAAGAUGGUGCAACUCGGGGGUAUCUCCUGGUGUCCUCUUCCAGCUUGGUGAGAGCGUCCAACUGACUUCCCCGCUGCCCGGCAACCGGAGCGCAUUUUUCCACCUUCUCGCCGAGGUUAGCAUGACAACUGCUAAUGGCCCGCAGGCGCGCGCGCUGGACAACAAGCUGGUCAACAAACAUGGAGGGGAGGGGGAAGGGUAGGGGGGACCGAGUCUGCCGCGCAUGAAUGAUCAACAAGGAUGUUUAUGAUUCAAACUCAAAUCUUAGAAAACAGUAUUCGGUUUAAAGAAAAAAAAAAGUCAUCCCAAGUUGUCACGUAAAAGAACAAAAGCGCCAGAAUGAACUAUUUUGAGGACCUUAAUGGAGGGAUUGGGGUGACUUCAAGACAUUAAAGACAGAGAGGACAAGGGGGACACCUUGUCUGCACGUGUGACAAUCACAACGACCACUAUUGAUCUCGUGCAUACAUUUCUUACUGUUUUUUUUUUUUAAAGGAGUCUUCCAUGUUUUUAUCUGUCCACAUUCAGUUUACUGUACCGCAAAUGACUGCUUGAAGUUGUUCCUUGUGUAUACUGUGAUUUGAAAAGACUUUGACAAUCUCAAAAGGACUAUGCAAUGCUUUGUAUAACUGGAUUCUGCACAAAACUCCACACACUUGAGRCUGGAAAAGGAAUAUGCACUAUACAGCUGUUGUAAACUGUUGAUAAAAUAACAAAACAAAACAAAAGUGGAUUUGUAAUGAAUA